CACAGCGCCGCUGCUCGAGCGCUCCGGUGCUUCUUCUCGUACGCUCUCGCGCUGGAUCUCAGUUUAAACCGUCCGCCUCUGUAGUCUCGCGCGCGCCCUAAGUCUCCGUUCUGCAAAGCCUGAUACAGCCUGGGAUCGUUUGUUGUUUCUUAUUAUUUAAAAACAACAACAAAAAUCUCAUCUUCGAAUCUUUCCAUCUUUUUUUUUUUUCAGGAGAGAGAGAGAGAGAGAGAGACCCGUACAGAGAGACAUAGUGUGUGUGUGUGAGAGCGAGAGAGAGAGAGAGAGAGAGAGAGAGUGUGUGUGUGUGAGAGAGAGAGCGCUUUAACGGACACCUGCCUGAGGUGAUACACACUUUGCAUCAGAACUCAAGUUCUACCGUCUCCGUCUGUCUCAGGCUCGUGACCCUGUGGGACGUUAUUUCUUUCUUUCUUGCUUUUUUGUCUCUGUUACAAUGGGAGCGAUUCUUAUCUUCUUCGUCCUCUGUGCGAGUCUCGCUGUCCCGCAUCUGGCGAAAGCAGCAGAGGGGAAAGAUCUUCCUUCAGGACCCUGUCACCCAAACCCCUGCCACAAUGGAGGCACGUGUGAGAUCAGCGAGACCUACAGGGGCGACACGUUCAUCGGUUAUGUUUGCAAGUGUGCAUCUGGCUUCAACGGCAUCCACUGCCAGCACAACGUCAACGAAUGUGAAAGGGAUCCGUGUAAAAAUGGAGGGAUCUGUACGGAUUUGGUGGCCAACUAUUCCUGUGAGUGUCCAGGCGAAUACAUGGGAAGAAACUGUCAGUAUAAAUGUUCUGGCCCACUUGGUAUGGAAGGAGGGAUCAUCUCCAACCAGCAGAUCACCGCCUCUUCCACCCACCGUGCUCUUUUUGGUCUGCAGAAGUGGUACCCUUACUUCGCCCGGCUCAACAAAAAGGGACUGGUGAACGCCUGGACGGCUGCCGAAAAUGACAGAUGGCCAUGGAUCCAGAUAAACCUGCAGAGAAGGAUGCGGGUCACAGGCCUGAUAACACAGGGGGCCAAGCGGAUUGGGAGCCCUGAGUACGUGAAGUCAUACAAAGUUGCCUCCAGCGACGACGGAAAGACAUGGAGGACAUACAAAGUCAAGGGGACAGACCAGGAUAUGAUAUUCCGGGGCAAUGUUGACAACAACACUCCCUCGGCCAACUCAUUCACUCCCCCUAUCGAGGCUCAGUAUGUGAGGAUCUACCCGCAAGUCUGUAGAAGACACUGCACCCUGCGCAUGGAGCUUCUAGGCUGUGAACUCACAGGAUGCUCAGAGCCUCUGGGGCUGAAGUCUGGCCAUGUACAGGACUAUCAAAUCACAGCAUCCAGCACUUUCCGAACCCUCAACAUGGACAUGUUUACCUGGGAGCCCAGCAAAGCCCGUCUGGACAAGCAGGGAAAGGUUAAUGCUUGGACGGCUGGACAUAGUGAUCAGUCCCAAUGGCUACAGGUGGACAUGCUUGUGCCAACCAAAAUCACAGGUGUCAUUACUCAGGGGGCGAAAGAUUUUGGCCAUGUGCAGUUUGUGGGCUCCUAUAAGCUUGCUUUUAGCAAUGAUGGAGAAAGAUGGCACAUAUAUCAGGAUGAAAAACAGAAGAAAGAUAAGGUGUUUCAAGGAAACUUCGAUAAUGACACACACAGGAAAAACGUGAUCGAUCCUCCCAUCUAUACCCGCUUCAUCCGGAUCCUUCCAUGGUCAUGGUAUGGGAGGAUCACUCUGCGUGCAGAAGUACUUGGAUGCAGGGAGGAAGAGUAAAAAUCCCCAGAUCCCAUUUUUUCUUGCUUGGUACACUUCAGUACCAAAUCCAGAUUCAAUAUAAACUUUGCUCGAGCUGUAUAAAGGAUAAAUUUCCAAUAGCAUUUGCUUUUUUGUUUUUCCUUCAAAAUGGUUAUGAAAAAAAGAAACAUCCCUGGGGGGGGAAUGAUUGCUGUUUUAAGUUUUGUAAACUAAAUUCUGUCCCUAACAUUAUGUUUGUUUUCUUAAUUUCCUGCGCUUGGGAUUAAUUGGCUCAAGUUCCAUUUUGCCCUAUGAUUAUAGAGUCGUCAUUUCUGAUAUAAUUACGGGAUUUGGGUUGGGUUUAUUUCACUGUGACUUAAGCAGUGGGAUGUUAGCCACUAGAUGGUGUCACUUUUAAACCAACACAAAAUAAAAGGAUAUACUAUGCUUCAUGGACCAUAAGCAAACUGCUAAGAUGUUUAAAACGCCACUACUAUAACAACAGCAUUUAUGUUUCCUGCUUUCCUGUUUUAUUUUAACACCUUAUCAAUUCUACACUUACAUAAAACACAGAUGUUGCGUAGACAUAAUAUGAUGCUCUUGUAUUAUAUAUUAAACACUAAAUUAUUGCAUGGUGCAUAAAUUAUAUUAGAAAUGUUAGGCAUCUAAUUCCCUUAACAUUGUAUUUUUGCUCCAUAUUAAACAUUUAUCACUUAAAUUAAUAACUUUGAAUCUGUUUUUACUUGCAUUUUUAAAAAAAUAUCUCUCUCUCUAUAUACAGUAUAUAUACUUAUACAGUAUGCCAAUUAAUACAAGUACUAUGUAAGUCAUGAACUGGAAAUCUUAUGAAAUCAGUAUUAGAAGUGUGGCAUAAAUGUAGCUCUUGCUAAAUUUUCACAGGUACAUAAAUGAUUGGACUUAUUAAUACUAAAGUGCACUUCCAGCACAAAGCUACACUUAGAGACUUGUCACACAGCCUAGUUGCACCAAGCCGCUCUCUCACCCAAACGCCACAGGAAUUUUAAUGAGCAAGAAAGAUUUAAUUGGAUAUAUAAUUCCAAAACUCUUAAAAAAGAAAAGAAAAUUGCUAACCUUCAUAACUUUGCCACUCAUAACUUUUUAUAGCUUGUGCAAAUUUUUUACAGAUGUGCAAUUCUGUGAAAUUAUGUUUGUUUGAUACCUAAAAGACAGGCUAUCGAAUGUUUUCAACUGAGAAAUGUCCAGGAGGGUUUGCAAUCUUGGGCUAUCUUUAAUCUCGGUUGUAUUUAAUUUGUUGCUGUUAAAAUGUGCUAUUAUCUUCUAUUUGUAUGUCCAGAUUCUUGCUAUUUUUAUUGCCUGGUUAUUUCUUUUUUUUUUCUGCUGCAUUGCUCAGCUUUACUACUGUAUUUUUUUCUUCUUCUUUUCAUUAAUGUUAAAUCCUCAGGAUGGAAGUCACAAAUCAGCCCUUGGUAAAUCUAAAGUAAGAAAAAAAAUUUCACCCAAACUUAAACCAUCAAUGUACAAUCUGAUAUACUAUAAAGAUUAUGAAGAAUUCUAAUUCAGUUUUGUUUGUCUGUCUUGGGAAUCAAUGAAUUCAGGUUUAUAACGGGAUAACUAGAAAGGGUCUAGCCUAAAAAUCAUCAGUUUUUCUUGAAUGCUGAGGAGGAGUGGAUAUCCCUUUUAAAGCAGGGGAAAGGGGCCACUUAGCCAUGUAAUGUACCAUAAUAUUAUCUUAAACCAUUCGUCAUUGAUCAUUUGUAAAACUUUGAAUGUGAUGUGUAAAACAAAAAAGAAAGAACAAAAAUGAAAAAAAAAUCCAUUAACAAUGUUUAUUCACAAUAUGGUGACAUGAAACAUAAUCAUUAUGUACACUUACAUGUUUUCUAACAGAUGAAUGUUGCAAGAAGUCAUACAUUUGUAUUUGAUUUAUUCUGAUUUAUUAACAUCUAUAUGGAGGUAUUGAUAUGGUAAUCCUUGUCUAACAUUGCCCUGUGUCGCUGCUAACACAGGCUGUCCUGUUCAAAUGACUUGUGUGCACAUCGUAACAGUUUUUUGUACUUUUUGGGGGCUAACAUUCAAAGAAGAUAAAAAUCUUGAAAAAAUGUCCAUAGGCACAUUUUUAAAAUAAUAUAUAUACUGGUGUGUUCAAUAGUCUGGUAUUUCUAUUUUAUGUGCUGUGAAUAGUGAUGUGUAAAGCUGAUAUCAGGAUAUACCUGUGGGCCACACAUCAAGUUUGCUUUAUUUUUUUUUUCUUCAUUUUUUUGCUUCAUUUUGUUUUUUUUGUUUGUUUUUUUUGUGUUUUUACCUAACAACUUUUGCAAAUAAAUAAAUGUCACCCCCAUGUUUUGCAUUCAAUUGGAAGAAUCUGACAAAGUGUACUGAUAACAUGCUGAUUAGUAAAAGCUGAAGAGUGUACAAAAAAGCCAU